AUGAUCCCGGGGGACCGUGUGGAUUUCCAUUGCAGCUUGCUGGGAAUGGGGAUGGCCUACCUACGAGCGGUGGACGUGAAGAUCCUGCAGCAGCUGGUGGUGGUGAAUGAGGGCAUCGAGGCGGUGAAGUGGCUGCUGGAGGAGAGGAGCACGCUGACCAGCCGGUGCAGCAGCCUGGCCAGCAGCCAGUACAGCCUGGUGGAGAGCCAGGCAGCCUCGCGGCGGGGCAGCUGGGACAGCCUUCAGGACCCAAAUGACAAGCUGGACAGUAUCUCCGUUGGUAGCUACCUGGACACGUUGGCCGAUGACAUGGAUGAGUAUUCCCAAAACGCUGCCGAAACCGCUGCUGCAUCCACACCGGGCAGAGCCCUGAUCAAGGCAGAGCAGGAUUGGGUCAGGAUUGACACUGAGAGGGGUCUUGCAAAGCAAGAGAAGGGCAAAGCAGAGCACGAGUGGCCUCACGUGGACCUCUCCCCACCCGGGGUGCCCCAGGAUCACCGGUUUGCUAAGGAGCCCCAGGUGGCCAACGGGUAUUUGGGCCAGCAGCCCUCCUCUCAGGAACCAGGCAGAGACACCAAAUUUCCAUCGGGGUCUGGGGAGAGGCUGGGGAAGGGGAAUCCGGGUGGGAAGGCUCAGAAAGCCGAGCCUGACUUUGAGAACUGCAAACUCAACAGCAAACUGCACCUGGAGUACGAUGCCCACUGGCGCUGGCUCCAGUCUCAGGACGAUGUGACGUUCUUGUAGCCCAUGGCUUCACUUUCCCAGUCCAGCUCUCCCAACUGCCCACUCUGCUUCACUUGUCUCUGCUUGGGGGAAUUUGGGUGGCUGGACAAGGGGGACAGUCUGGCUUGGUGGUGUUGCACUGCUCCUCUGAUGCCCCUGUCAGUGUUUGGUGAUGUAGCCUUAAGGGAGGGGGUGUCUGACCUGUGGCAAAUUUCUGGGAGAGGUGGGUCCCUGUAAAUUUAAUCCUUUGCUCUGGGGCAGUGCUUGCAGGUGGCUGAUCACUUCUCUGUUGUCCUUGAUGUUGGUGGUGGGGAAGGGUUGGUGGGGAAACCUGAGAAAGGAGGACUUCUGGGACCUCUCCCCUCUAUUCCUCAGCCUCCUGUCUGCAAAAAGUGGGGACCCUUCCCCCAAACUGGCUACCCAGAGAGGACAGGAGAUGCUCUCAUGCAUCCACAGCUUGGUGGCACCAGCAUGCUCAGUGUGAGGUGCAGAGCAGGACCAUCAGCAGGGUAUCCCUGUUGGAUGAGCUCAUUUUCAUCAUUGUCUUCAGGGCCAGUGUCCAUCCGGGGUAGAGUUGACCUGGGGCACCUGGGGUUUGGCCACAGCAUAUGGUGGAUGCUAAAACCCUCUUCCCUGUGGGUGAAGCCCUGCUUGGUUUAAACACCAUUGUGAAACCAAUCUGAAGGGCAGUCACUGUAGCUGGUCCUGUUGCACUGGGAAGCCUUUGUCCAUGCCCUGUGGAGGAAGGAUGGUGGUGCAAAAGCACUGGGUGGGAGAUGGAGAUCCAGUUCUCCCAGUUUGUUUCUGGACUGUCACAAGCAGCCUGGCAGAGCCUGCAGGGCUCAGACUCAGAAAGGCUUGUGCUUUCCCCUGAUGCAGUGUGAUGGAGGCGAUGGCUGGGAUUCUCCGUCUGUGUGUUGAAUGGCACCAGGUCUCUGUCCCCUACCAGCACCCAGAAAUAUGAGGCUCCUCUGCUGGGGUGGAUUUCCAGCGACCCUGUCGUGGAGACAUCUUCUCUGUCUUUUUAGCCUUGGCUUCUUCUGCCUGUGCCUUUUACUGUCCACCCACCAUGCCUCCCAGUACACACCUCACUGGCUUGUAAAGCAUGGCUUGCAGCCUGGAGCUGUGUGAGAGCUUGAGCCUGUUGCCUUCGCCAAAUGAUGCAGGGAAAGUUCUGAGCAUCCUGCAGCACCCUGCUUCAAGGAAACGACUCUUCCAUGUGCAUUGACAACCCUGGGGGUCCUGGCUUCAUGACCCGUGGGUGUGUCUGUCCCCAGCUGACUGCUGUGACAGCUUUGCUCUCGCCACGGUGCCAUCGUUCCCCUUCCUCUGUGGGUUGCAGCCUGGAUCUUUCCCUGCUGGGGUGAUGGGAGUGGGGACAUCUCCUGAUGUCAAUAGGAAGCCAAGAGAGAGGGAAGGCCUGGCUGUGACUCUUUCUAGAUGCAAGAUGUGAGCUGGCCAUGGUUAGGAAGAUGGUCAGGUGCAUGACAGGUCCAGCUUUGUGUCUCUGAAGCAGCACCUUCAGUGGAAACUACCCUCUGUGCCGAGACCCCUGAGCACCCUUCCUUCUCCUGCGAAUCCUCAGGGCUUCCCUGGAUGGACAUGGAGAGCAGGACAACAUCCAAAAUUCCUGGAGACGGCACCUGACAUGGACUUGGGGGAAUCCCAGCAAACUGGGACCAGGUUGCUCUAUGCAAGCAUCCCAUCUGCCUGCUCCGGAGCAGCUGUGCUUGGCUUGACAUCACCUGUGAGCAGCUCAUGGCUUCCUGUGUAGCUCCGCAACUGCUGCUGAGCCACCAUGUCCCACAAGGCUGUCUGUCCCCUGCUUUACUUCUAGCCCUGCAUGCAAUAAAUCAGCUGAGGGUCCCUGGGGGAGACAGGGUAAGUCCUCCAGCGCUGUUAAAAUCAUUCUCAACAAAAAAUAGCUGGCUUAAUAAAUGGUAGUGUUUCUCCCAGG